ACACCUCCCUUGUACCAUCUCCCAUCCCCCUUCACCUUUGCUGUUUGUAUCAACCAUGACACUCUCGUUCAAGGACAAGACCGUCGUCGUCACCGGUGCAGGUGGCGGACUCGGCAAAGCUUACUCGUUGCUGUUUGCCUCGCGGGGCGCAAACGUUGUCGUCAACGACUUCAACAAGGACGCUGCUCAGAAGAUUGUUGAUGAGAUCAAGCAGGGUGGAGGCAACGCUAUUGUUAACACGUCCUCCGUGACGGAGGGCGAGAAGGUCAUUCAGAGCGCCGUCAGUGCCUUUGGCACUGUGCACAUCCUCAUUAACAACGCUGGCAUCCUCCGGGAUAAGAGCUUCGUCGCCAUGACGGAUCAGGACUGGGACGCGGUUGUCGCUGUGCACCUCAAGGGCGCGUUCUCGUGCACGAAGGCUGCCUGGCCCAUCUUCCGCAAGCAGAAGUUCGGGCGGAUCAUCAACACUGCUAGUGCAGCGGGUCUCUACGGCAAUUUCGGUCAGGCCAACUACAGCGCGGCCAAGAUGGGCCUCGUCUCGUUCACCAAGUCGCUCGCGCGCGAGGGUAUCAAGUACAACAUCAGCUCGGUGGUCAUCGCACCGGUCGCUGCGUCCCCCAUGACCGCCACCAUCAUGCCCCCAGAAAUGCUUGAGAAGAUGAAGCCCGAGUUCGUCGCCCCCUUCGUUGCCGCCGUCUGCCACCCCGAGGGACCCAACCCGUCUGGUCGCGUCUUUGAGGUCGGCGCGGGUUUCGUGGCUGAGAUUCGCUGGGAGCGCUCCAAGGGUAGAAUUUGGAAGACCGAUCCUAGCUUCACUCCUUCUGCUCCGACUCUCGAAAUUGCCGCCACCCUGCCCAGCAACCCCCAAUCGAGCCCUGCCGUCCGCUUCGACGGCAAGACCGUAAUUAUUACGGGUGCUGGUGCUGGCCUCGGCCGCGCGUACGCGAUCAUGUACGGCAAGCUCGGUGCCAAUGUCGUGGUUAACGACGUCAGCGACAAGGGUGCCAAUGCCGUCGUCGACGAGGUCAAGGCUGCCGGAGGCAAGGCCAUUGCCGUUGUCUGCUCAGCCGAGGAGGGCGAGAAGAUCGUCAAGGCCGCCUGCGAUGCCUUCGGUACCGUCCAUGUUCUCAUCGCCAACGCUGGUAUUCUCCGGGACCGCUCGUUCACGUCGAUGUCGGAGAAGGAGUGGGACGACGUUAUCGCUGUCCACCUCCGUGGCACUUACAAAUGCGCCAAGGCUGUCUGGCCCGUGUUCCGCAAGCAGAAGUAUGGUCGCAUUGUUACCACGUGCUCUGGUGUUGGCAUCUACGGGAAUUUCGGUCAAGUGAACUACUCGACGGCGAAGGCUGCCAUCAUGGGCUUGACAAAGACUCUCGGCUUUGAGGGCCGCAAAUACAACAUCCUUGCCAACGUGAUCGCACCCUCAGCUGGUACCGCGAUGACCAUGACUAUCUGGACCCAGGACAUGGUAGAUGCCUACAAGCCGGACUUCGUUGCUCCUGUUGUCGGAUAUCUCACCAGUGAAGACAACACCGAGACCUCUGGUCAACUGUUCGAGAUCUCCGGCGGCUGGGCAGCUCAGACGCGUUGGCAGCGUGCUUACGGCUACGGCUUCCCCUCUAACCGCGCACUCACGCCUGAAGACGUUAUUGCCAAGUGGGAUGUGAUCACUAACUUCGAUGACGGCAAGGCUACCCACCCGACGACCCCUUCGGAGUCCCUCGAGCAGAUUGUCGCCAACUUUGAAAACACGGGCUCAUUGCUUGACAGCGCCAUCUUCGAAGACUCAGAGGACUCCCAGCUCGUCAAAGAUGCCAAGAAGAACGCCCCUGAAGAUUCAGACUUCACGUACACCGAGCGCGACGUCACGCUCUACAACCUUGGCGUCGGCGCGACAAGCAAGGAUCUCCAGUGGACAUAUGAGGGCGAUGACAACUUCUCUGCGCUGCCUACGUUUGGUGUCAUCCCUCAGUUCAUGGCGAGCGCGGGUGUGUCCAUGGACUGGGCGCCGAAUUACCACCCGGCGAAGUUGCUCCACGGAGAGCAGUAUUUGUCCAUCAAAGCACCUAUUCCCACAGAGGGGACUCUCGUAAACGAGACGAGAUUGCUCGAGGUGCUCGAUAAGGGCAAGGCCGCGUCCGUGACGCUCCUCGUGAACACCAAGGACAAAGCUUCUGGGAAGCUCAUCUUCGAGAACCAGGUCACCGUCGUCCUCCGCGGCGCUGGUGGUUUCGGCGGAAAGAAGAAAGGCAACGAUAGAGGCCCUGCGACUGCUGCGAACAAGCCGCCCAACCGCGCCCCGGAUGCUGUCGUCGAGGAACAGACCUCGGAGUCGCAGGCCGCUCUGUACAGGCUAAGCGGGGACUACAACCCACUGCACAUAAACCCCGACUUCGCAGCCAUGGGCGGUUUCGAUAAACCCAUUCUACAUGGCCUGUGCUUCAUGGGUUUCGCCGGGCGGCACGUCCUGAAGACGUUUGGUGAAUACAAGGACAUCAAGGUCCGGUUCGCUGGCUCGGUAUACCCCGGCGAGACGCUCAUCACGGAGAUGUGGAAAGAGGGCAAGAAGGUCAUCUUCACCACCAAAGUUAAGGAACGAGGGACUACGGUCCUCGCUGCUGCUGCGGUCACCCUGGUUGAUGAAAGUGGCAAGGCCAAACUCUGAUGCGUGUGCGUGGCAUCGCGCACGCAUUUUCCAUUCAUCUGGCUACAGUCGAGUGUCAUUAUGUAUUUUUCGCCAGGAAUACGGGAAAAACUGUAAUGAUAUGUGCAUUCGUCCUG